UUUUCAGUUUCUGUCAGUCGGUGCAGCUCGCGCUGAGGAGUUCAGUCUUGCGUUUAAACAACUACAUUUAAUUAGUGUUUUUUUUUUUGUUAAAGAAGUUCAAUUUUAAAACAUUUUAUACACACGACUAGAUACUUACUGUAAUAUUUCUAGAUAUAUAUAUAUUAUAUACCGCAAACAAACAAACGAACCGACGCUGUAAGUCUCCUGUCAUCUGAGAGAAACUCGAUAUCAACCAUAGAUAUAUUGUAAUAUAACGACCUGUUUAAUUCAACAUUUUUUUUUCUUUUGUUAUUAACUAUUUGUUGUUGUUUGGACUGAAAAAAAAAAAAGCAAACAUCGGCUGUACUUUUAUUUAUUUUGACCAAAAGAAAAAUUCUUCCGUUUGACCCAAUUUAUUUUACGAGAGAAGGAUUCUGCGUUGCUCAAGACGGCAUUUGAGUUUUGCAAACCGGUUAUUUAAAGAAAAUAUCUUCGUUCCAUCAAAACGACAGAGUCCUACAAAGUGUUAUUUAUUUAUUUGUAGCUUUUUUGACCCGGAUCGUUCCUACUUUUACUGCUUUAUUGUGGAAAAUGGCGGCGGUCGAAAUGGUGCAAAUGCUGCUGGAAGCUGCAGAAUACUUGGAAAGGAGAGAAAGAGAAGCGGAGCAUGGUUACGCAUCCAUGCUGCCGUACAAUAACAACAGUGUCAAAGAACGAGACAGUGCGAAACGGAGAAAUAAAUCCAAGAAGAAUUCCAGCAGCAGAUCAACGCACAAUGAAAUGGAGAAAAACAGACGGGCUCAUUUACGGUUGUGCUUGGAGCGUUUGAAAUCUCUCGUACCACUGGGACCAGAUUCUAAUAGGCACACCACCCUCAGCUUGCUAAUGAAAGCCAGAGUGCACAUAAAGAAACUAGAAGAGAGCGAUAAGAGAUCCCAGCACCAGUUAGACCAGUUGCAGCGUGAGCAGAGGCAUCUGAAGAGGAGACUGGAGCAGCUGGGAGUGGAGAGGAUACGGAUGGACAGCACCGGGUCCACUGUCUCAUCCGAGAAGUCGGACUCUGACCAAGAGGAGAUCGACGUGGACGUGGAUGUGGACGUGGACGUGGACGUGGAAGGCACUGACUACCUGAUGGGGGACCUGGACUGGAGCAACAGCAGCAUCAGUGACUCUGACGAGCGAGGCAGCCUGCGGAGCAGCUGCAGUGACGAGGGUUACUCCAGUGCCAGCCUCAUGAGACUAAAACUACAGCAGCUCUCCUCCGACCCCAGCAAGCCAGCAGCAACAGCAGCCGCAGCAACAGCGCUGGGCAGCAGCCUGUAAGAGAGGAUAGCCGACCAGCAAGACAACAAGCAACAACAAGCAACAAGCAUCGACCAUCACCUUCCACCGCCACACAGCUCUCCACUCUGCCCAGUCAAACCCAGUCAAGCCUGCUCGCGAACGGCACAUCGAACAGGGUGGGUCCGCCUUUUGGUAUCCAGAGGCCAGUUUCUCAAAGCUAGCACUUAUUUUGACCUGUUUUCGAUAUUUUGAAGGUAGUACGAUAAGGUUGUGUAAAUUUCCACUCAGCAAGUGUAUAUUCUUUAAAGUAUAAAUGUGUUAUUUUCAGGGGUUUUUUUAAUUUUUAUUUGUAUGGAAGUGAAUUGGAUUUAGCAGACUGCUACCUAGAACUGCUUUCUGAAACUAGCCCCAGGUUGAUUUCCAAACUAGUGACGUGAGGAGGCUAGAAUCAAAGUGGUGCUCUCUCUCUCUCUCUCUCUCUCUUUCUCUCUCUCUCUCUCUCUCUCUCUCUCUCUCUCUCUCUUGCUCUCUCUCGCUCUCUCUCAUACGUGCCUCUCCUGGGAGGGCAGGGUUCGAAUCCUGCUUACCGAGUAACUGGUGACUAAGUGGAUCUGUUGGCCUCAGCUAAGGCUGAAUUUCUUCAUUUAACAGGCUAAACCUGUUUGUGUGUAAACGCCACUUUAAACUAUCCCAUACGUUUUUAGUGAAAAAAGAGUAUCUGUAUUUUCCUUUUGUACUUUUAUUAAAGGUUUUCCAAAGCUCUGUCUUGAAACGGUUAAAGGAUUGAUAAAAACCUAUAAAACGCACUGGUGCUUUUUUGUUCUGUGUUUAUUCACGGAAACACCAACAAAGAAAAAUAUGCCCCACUUUGAUUCUAGCUUUGCUCACUAUAAAGACCAGGAUUCUCCAGAGUGGUCUCUACAGACUGGGGGGGACCUGUCUGAACAGCUGCUCUUCGUUCAGUACAGGUUUGACUGUUUGUUAGAUUUUUUUUCUUCUGUAAAGAACAUGUGUGUCUUUUUUUUUUUUUUUUUUUAUAAACAUUUUUAUAAUUGGUAGACCAACA